UCUCUCAGCGCCGCAGUCGAACUUUCUCAAAUUUACAAUUGCAGAAGAAAAUGCAAUCCAGCCAAGAGUGGUGACCAUCUCCUUUGGAUUAUCUCUCCCGUUGAAGCUCGGUCUCAAGAAUUUACCAGCUACACACAAGGCCAUGUCUCAUUUUCGUCGAACAAUGCCCAAUGGAAGUUUGAGCCAGGGCAAUCCGAGUGCAGUCCAGUAUCGGAGGCCUCGCUUACGGAGGGUAGACAGAUCACGCCGGAGCUGGUCGGAUAGGGAAGAGCUUGCGCUUAUAGCAGCGAUGAAGGAGUUAGUUGCGACUGGUUGGAAAGCAGACAAUGGCUUUAGAGGUGGCUAUCUGAACAAAGUGGAGGAAUACCUACUCCAUGAUUUUCCUACCACCGAUUUGAGGGCCCAGCCUCAUAUUCAGUCUAAGAUAACAGCUUGGAAGAAGAGCUACAAUGCCCUCUGUAUUAUUCUCAAACGUAGUGGGGUCGGGUUUAAUGUCCACAAUGACUUCAAGAUUGACUGCAGUGAUGAGCAGUGGGAUCAUAUCAUUAAUGGAGAUAGUAGUUUCAAAGGCAUGAGGACUAAAGCAUGGCCCCUUUUGGAGGAUUGGAGGUUGAUAUUUGGAAAGGACAGGGCUUGUGGUGAACCUGCUGAGAAUAUGGAGGAGGCUAGGAGAUCGCGUAGAGUAUCAGAGACUGAUGAUGCUAGUCGUGGCUACAACAGUGACUAUAAUGCCACAUUUGAUGAGAACUCUCCCGAGAUGCCAAUUGGUUACAAUGAAGCAACUGACCAUGGUGAGGACAGCACAACACAGAGUGCAUCUAUCCCAACCUCCAAUCCCAAACGAGCUGCUCGAAAGCGGAAAAAUUCAGACGACAGUGAUGGACUACUUCAGCUGCUCGAGAAACUCCAUACUGAGACAAACUCUCGUCUAGAUAAUUUGUCUAACAGGAUUGGCUACGAGAUUGACAUUGGUAAAUCAAGGCAGGCAGUGUUUGAGCAGCUCAGUGGCAUUUCUGGGCUCUCCGAUCGGGAUAGGUAUGAUUUGUGCGACAUAAUUGGCAAAGAAAAUACUAGGUUGGAGAUCUUCAUGGGUAUACCACCAGAAAAGAAGGCAGGAUAUGUGUACCGCGUUCUUGAGAAGGAGAAUGCGAUGUGAAAUCCAUUCAGCUGGAAAUGGAUUGAGUAGCAUGGGAUUUUUGUGCAGGGACCUAACAUUAGACUAAUUAAUAUAUUUGUUUUUGUGGGCAUUUUGUGUAGGAAUGGACAUCUAAGGCUGAUAUGGUUUUUUUUGGCUUUGUUGUGAAUUUAUCCGACAUCAAACUCUAUCACUUUAUGUCAGUUAGUUAUAUGUUAGCUAAGGUUCCUGCAGUUAUGUUAUGUCAAAACAAUAUUGGUUUUGUACACCAUUAUCAAAGCCUUCAUUUUGAUUAUUA